UCCUCCCGGAAAUCCGCUUUAUCAUCCGUGAGUGGGGCGGCUCGUUGUUGUCUGUGUGACCGUCCGAUGAGCACCUCUCCCCGGGCACUCGCAGCAGACAUCCCCCGGUGCUGUGUCAUGUUUGUAUCAGACCCGUGACGAUGCAGAUCCUGACCCCUCAUGUGUACUGGGCUCAGCGGCACGGAGACAUCUUCCUCCGGGUGGAGCUCAGCGACGCUAAGAACCUUGACAUCAGCCUGCAGGAAAACAACACACUUCAGUUCAGAGCACAGGGCCACGGAGCUAAAGGAGACAAUGACUACGAGUUCAGUUUGGAGUUCCUGGAACCGGUCAGAGCCGAGAUCAACCACAGGUCCACCCAGCGCCUGGUGGACAUCAAGAUCAAGAAGCAGGAGGAGCGCUGGUGGGACCGGCUGACGCUGCAGGAGAAGAGGCCGGUGUUCCUGGCUCCGGACUUCGACCGCUGGCUGGACGAGUCCGACGCCGAGAUGGAGCUGCAGGCGAAGGAGGAGGAGAAGAUAAACAAGAUCAGUGUGGAGUCCAGAGUUCGUAAAGAUCCGUACCUGGGUCUGAAGAGAGGCUACUUGUUCAUGUACAACCUGGUGCAGUUCCUGGGAUUCUCCUGGAUCUUCGUCAGCAUGACCGUUCGCCUCUUCAUCCUCGGUCAAGAUUCCUUCUACGACACGUUCCACAACAUGGCCGACAUGAUGUACUUCUGUCAGAUGAUGGCCGCCCUCGAGGUCAUUAACCCCUUGUUGGGUUUGGUGAAGUCGGCGUUCCUUCCUGCUAUGAUUCAGGUGGCCGGGAGGAACGUGAUCCUGUUCGUGGUCUUCGGCGCCCUGGAGGAGAUGCAGAACAAGCCCGUGGUGUUCUUCGUCUUCUACCUGUGGAGCACCAUCGAGAUCUUCAGGUACCCGUUCUACAUGCUGGGAUGCAUCGGCACCGACUGGAAGUUGUUAACGUGGCUGAGGUACAGCCUCUGGAUCCCUCUGUACCCGCUGGGCGUCCUGGCUGAAGCGGUGGCUGUGAUCCAGUCCCUGCCCAUCUUUGACGAGACCCGUCUGUUCAGCGUCUCGCUCCCGGCCGUGCUGGGGGGGUCGUUGAGCUUCUCCUACACUCUGCAGCUCUACCUGGUCUUCAUGUUCCUGGGACUCUUCAUCAACUUCCGUCACCUGUACAAGCAGCGGAGGAGGCGCUACCGCUCGAGGAAACGGAAAGUCCACUGACCUCUGAACUGUCCACCUGAAGAUGAACCAGCUGUUUUCCUCUUUUCUGCCUUUUCUCAUCUUGUUGGGGGGGGGGGGGGGGGGGGGGUGAACUGUGAAUCCUGCUGGGAGUUAAACUUAUUCUCAUGUUCUCAUAACUUUUCUCCUUUUUCAAAUUUCACAAAGCUGAAAAUCCACAAUGAAGGAAUAUUAGAAUCAUGUUUAUCAUUAAAAACAGUCUUUGACCUAGAAAAACCAUUUAGGAACAUUCCAACAUAUAUGUUCCCAGUGUCUAGAGCGAUCUGUGGUGAAGUCAAAAUCCAGUUCCCAUGAUUCAUCAGCACUGAUGUAAUGAGGAUUGUUAAUGAGCCGUUUCCUUUGUUUAACCAACGUCUGUUUGAAACCUGAGUGGCUGAUUCUCCUUUUUAUUUAUUUUUAUGUUUGUGUGUUGUGUAAUUUUCCAUCUGUUCACUGUAUUUGUUUAUUUAUCUCUGUGAACUCAGUUUGUCUGAAUGGUUCCUGAUGGAGGACGUGAGGCCGACUCUCACUCGUGGACUCGUUUAAAAAAACACUGCGCCUGAUUUUUAGUCUCAAUCAUUGUUUCAUGACCAAAUGAAUAAACUUCAGAAUUCUUGUA